UUUUUCGCGAGUCUGCCGAGCCAUUUUCUUUGCGUUGUGUUUGCAGUGAAUUUUGCAGCCGGAAUUUUAUUGCACGAAGCUUCUGACAUGCCCAACAAGUGUUGUGUGCCGGCAUGUUCAAGUAAUUACAAGACCGGGAAGAAAGUUCAAGUAUUUUCAUUCCCCAAGGAUGAAGUACAAAGGAAGAAGUGGCUCAGUGCUAUUCCAAGAAAGGAUUUCUUCCCGACGGAAAACAACAAGGUAUGCGCAUUGCAUUUCACCGAGUCAUGCCUCGAGAACAAGUCGUCCUACACGGAUCCUAUGACAGGAAGAGUGCUAGAGGUUUCACUGAAAGUACCGCGCCUGCGUUCAGGAUCAGUGCCCACACUGUUCCCAGGAUGUCCUUCGUACUUGUCGAAGGAUGACCCCUCUCCGAGAGAAUGCCCGGAAACGAAAAAAAUGCGCCGAGAAGCGGCUGACCUCGCUCGUGCCAUCGCAGAAUCGGAGGCUACUUAUCGCGAUGAAGAAGCGAAAUGUUGUUUUUCUUCGCUUCUUGAGCUUAUGGAAUGUUUGAAAAGCGCACCUGUGCCAAAUGAGUGGAUUGUAAUUCACCGCCCAAACUGUUCCCUGUUUUUAAAUAUUGUCGAUGAGAGCAUGCCGAUGUUGCGGUCGUCUGUUACUGUUUUCAGCGACCUGAGUAUCAGUGUAUGUUUUCAUGGUACCAAAUUAAGCCGUAUAGGUGAUUAUGUCGUGCCAGAAAGCAUUGGGAAUGUGAAUGUCCUGUCUGCCAUCUUAAGUAAGCUUCAAAGCAUCCUCGAUGAAAAAUGCUCCUCAGAAGGUCUUUGUGACGUAGUCGUUAGCCUUCUUGAGCAACUUGAACGAGAUGCCAUUGACAGUAAGAAACGGAUCAUUCGGUUCUUGCGAGAACAAGUGGCGUUGCUUGGAAAACAGCGGUUGCAGUAUUCCUCCGAAAGUAUGGUGGUUGCUUGCAUACUGCAUACCAUAUCUCCACACGCCUACAAAUUUCUGAGGGGAUCAGGUUUUUUUGCCAUGCCGCAUCCCAGUACUUGCCGAAAUGUCUGCUCCUCGUUUCACUUGUCACCUGACACCGAGUCAGCGAGUCAAAAUUUUCUCAGGUACAUAAAACACAGAUUUAAACAAUUGCAGCCGUAUGAAAGUGCCGUGGUUCUCAUGCUCGACGAAAUUCACAUCCAGCCUUUCUUUGAUUUUAAAGGUGGAAAAAUUUCAGGGGCAGCAGCAAACAGUGAAGAGGCCGCUACGUCUGCUCAUGUGUUUAUGCUGCAAAGCAUGCUGAGUUCUUUUCGCGAGGUCGUGCACAUUCUGCCUGCACGAACAAUGAAUGCUCACUGUCUUCAUGCUGUCCUGAAAAAUGUAAUCAUUGGCCUUGAGCAAAUAGGUUUUAAAGUUCUUGCAGUAGUUUCAGACAACAACGCAAUAAAUCGCAAGGCACUCAGUAUGUUUUCAGAUCCGCCAAAGCUGAGCAUCGUCUACCCAAAUCCAAAAGACGCAACACGACCUAUGUUUUAUGUUGUGGAUUCUGUGCACUUGUUGAAAUGCAUCCGAAACAACUGGAUAAAUCAAAAGAAUCUUGGGACAAACCUAUAUUUUCCAAUGUUCGAUCUCUCAAACAACAGUGUCCAUCCCGACUGCAUACAGUGGGCAUCAUUCAAAGAUCUUCGGGAGCUGCACAAGCUAGAGGCUUCUCAGCUUUUGAAAUACAGCUAUCGCCUUCUUCAAAGGCGCUAAAUCCUAGCAACUUCGAAAGGCAGAAUGUUAAACUAGUUCUACAAAUAUUCAAUGCUUUUGUGGCUGAGGCACUGGAUGCCCACUGCAACUUUCAUGCUUUAUGGCAUGCCAAAGAAACAGCAAAUUUUAUCAGGAUAGU